AUGGCCAUUUCUCCGACGAUGAUGCUUAAUGCGAACUACCCUUUUUUCAUGUCAGCGUUUGGCUCAGAUGACAAUAAUGAUGAGUCUGAUAACCAGUUCGAUUUCAAUAUCAGCAGAGAGUUGCUUCUCAACCCUAAAGACAUCAUGAGGGGAGAGAUGAUUGGAGAAGGAGGCAACUCCAUCGUUUACAAAGGCCGACUCAAAAACAUUGUUCCUGUGGCGGUGAAGAUAGUGCAGCCGGGUAAAACAUCUGCUGUAAGCAUUCAGGACAAACAACAGUUUCAAAAGGAGGUUCUGGUACUAUCCUCGAUGAAACAUGAAAACAUUGUCAGGUUUGUUGGAGCUUGCAUAGAGCCACAAUUGAUGAUAGUUACCGAACUCGUAAGAGGUGGUACUCUUCAGAGGUUCAUGUUGAACUCUCGCCCGAGUCCUCUUGAUCUCAAGGUGUCACUAAGCUUUGCUUUGGACAUUUCUCGAGCCAUGGAGUAUUUGCACUCAAAAGGCAUCAUUCACCGUGACCUAAAUCCAAGGAAUGUUUUGGUAACUGGUGAUAUGAAACAUGUGAAGUUGGCUGAUUUUGGACUUGCAAGAGAAAAGACUCUUGGUGGCAUGACUUGUGAGGCGGGCACGUACCGUUGGAUGGCUCCAGAGGUAUGCAGCCGUGAGCCACUCCGAAUUGGGGAGAAAAAACACUACGACCAGAAAAUCGAUGUGUAUAGCUUCGCACUGAUUUUCUGGUCCUUGCUCACAAACAAAACACCUUUCAGUGAGAUACCUAGCAUUUCUAUUCCCUAUUUUGUGAACCAGGGCAAGAGACCAAGCCUAUCGAAUAUUCCUGAUGAGGUCGUCCCCAUAUUAGAAUGUUGUUGGGCAGCGGACUCAAAGACUCGUCUCGAAUUCAAAGAUAUUACAAUCUCACUGGAAAGCUUGCUAAAAAGAUUCUGCUCAGAGAGAAGUAAUAAUGAGAUAACGAUCACCGAAGAUGAAGCUUAUGAUGAUGAGAUAGAGGAAUUGGAGACCACUUGGCUGCUUCCAAAGCGCUAUAUCAAGCUGAAGAAACCUAAGAAGAUCAAGCAGAACGUGAUGAAGAAGAUACUUCCUUUCUUCAAGAAGUUCAUUUCUUCAAAGUGGUGA